GUUCCAAUAAUUUUUUAUAGAAGUGGCCCGUCUCUGCUAAAUUAUCUCUGAUAUAAGGUAACGUCAUCAGCAUCAGGACCUAAUCAAUAUUCAUGAGCCAACCUUCGUAGACCACAGUAGGAUUCGUAAUUUCCCAAAGCGGCAGGCUUGAGCUCAACAGCGGUGCGAGUUCCAGCCAGAACCACAGACAGACAUGAAAAGAUAAACAUGUAGAUGACCGCACUCUGGUUUGCGAUUGCGAUGGAAGACGGUCUGGUGUCAGAAGACGAUACAUUGCUUCGGUCAGAGAAGGAGUUUCAUGAUGCUGCAAAGAGGAAUGACACGGAGAGAAUGCUGGAGCUGAUUAGAAAAGGGGUGGACAUUAAAGUAAAAAAUAAGAUGGACCGUAAGGCCCUGCACUGGGCAGCUGGAGCUGGCAGUGAGCAGGCACUGCGUCUACUGCUAGACCAUGACACGGACAUUGAUGAUAUGGACAGCUUUGGUAUGAAUGCUCUGCUUUUGACAGCAUGGUUUGGUCACCUAUCAAUUUUAAAGAUACUUGUCUCGACUGGGGCAAAGCUCACCUGUGAAAAUGAGAAUGGUUUAAAUCUCUUGCACUGUGCCGCUCAGAGAGGUCAUAUCAGUAUUAUGAAGUACAUCAUGGAAGAUCUUGAAAACGUGCAGCUUAACAAAGUAGACAAGUCAGGUAAGGCGGCAUUGCAUUUGGCUGCAGAGCAUGGACACCUGGAGGUGGUGGAGUUUCUCAUUGGUAUGGGCUGUGCACAUGAUCUCAAGGACAAGGAGGAGAACACUGCAUUGCAUUUGGCAGCUAAACAUGGCCACAGUGAGAUCCUCCAGAAGAUUGUGGAGACAGGGGAUAAUAUUAAUGGAAAAAACAUUGAUGGCAUGACAGCUUUACAUUUGGCAGCUGAAGGAGGACAUUAUGAGUGUAUUAAACAACUGUUGGAGGAUGGCUGCAACGUCAAUGAACUUACUAAUAAUAGAACUGCUCUUCAUCUUGUGGCCCAGCAUAGCUCAGACAGGGAGGUCAGGCUGCUGGUACAGGCUGGGAUCAACCUGGAUUCAGUCGACACACAACAUACGUCAGCUCUACACCUGGCUGUUCUCAACAACUCCACAGAAAUAGUGAAGGUUCUAAUUGAUGCAGGGUGCGACCUGGACAUCUUCGACAAUCGGCUUCAAACUGCUCUGCACAUAGCAGCAGAACAUGGACGCCAAAACAUCGCUGAGAUGAUCCUUAUUUCUGGAGUCAACCUCAAUCUGUUAGACAAGCAGAGAAAGACGUCAGUGGAUGUUGCAGCUCGAGGCAACCAUGUGAAUGUUGUUGACAUGAUUAUCAAAGCUGACCGAUUUUACAAAUGGGAAAAGGAGAAUGUGAACAGUGACUCAGACUCCCUAGUGGGAAUGAGUCUUACCUUUAAGCAGGACCAUAAGCAGGAGACGCAACACAUCCGAUCUGUCCUUUGGAAACUUGCCACUAAGUAUCUAAAGCCAGGAGAGUGGAAAACACUGGCUCAGCACUGGAAGUUCUCAGAAGCUCAUAUUCGAGCCAUAGAGCACCAAUGGACAGGUACAAAGAGCUACAAGGAGCAUGGGCACAGAAUGCUGCUUAUCUGGCUGCACGGCGUGGUCAACGCUGGAGAAAACCCCAUCAAGGGCUUGUAUGAAGGUCUGAUUGGGAUCUCAAGGACAGAUCUGGCAGAGAGUGUGCGACAGCAGGCUAAUGCAGAUCUGUCUUCUAGUAAAAAAUGCUGUACUAUGUGAAGGGAGAAUCCAGUGAAAAAUGCCUGGCUUUGACCAUCCAUCCAUCAGAAGAUUGGAAGCAAACAAGAACUACUGACCAAAACACUAAUUUUGAUAUUUAGAUAUAAGCGUGUAAGUGAAAAUAUUCACACUGAAACAUUCUAUUGUCAGCCUACAAGAAAAUUGCAGUUACAUAUUUGAUGUCAAAACAUGUUUUAUUUUUCUUAUAAAAAGAAUAAUUUUAAAUGCAUGGCUGUUUGUCCUACAUUUAAUGUAGAUGUGUUUUUUAUCAAUCACAAAUUGCUAGAUUUGUUUCUGAUCUUAAAACAAAAAUAAUAAUUAAUGUAUAUUUAUUCUUAACACUUUUAAGAAAGUGGAUUUUCUAAUGUAUGUUUAUAAAACCCAAAAGGACACUAAAAGAGCUAGCUAGUGUGAGCUAUAUGUAUAGUAAUGUUGGCAAUUGACAAUCUCUCUUGACUGUUGUUCUGAAUUGUGGAUAUGCCCAUCUCUAAUACCUGAACUUUUGAAUAUUGUAUUUUGUAUAUUUAUUGUUUUUUUGGUUUUUUUUUAAUUAAAAUUAGAAAGAGAGAAUGUGGUGCUAACAAAUCAAAAGAAAAAGCACCACAGUGUUUUUUAAGCAGAUGCAUUUCUGGAUACCUGCAGCCUGCUAAUGGAAGAGAUAUGUAAAUGUUGGUUGUGAUGUUCAGUAUGGCUUAAAAGACUGUUUAAGACACAAACUGUAUCUAAAGACUACUUGUUUUAAUUGUAAACUACUUAUUUUAAACUGUUGGUAGAGUCACUGUGCAAGGGUGUACAGCAUGUAGAGCAUUGUUUUUAAAGUAUUGUUUUAUAGCAUUAACCUCUCAGCUGAGACAAUUACAUAUUGUACUUACAAGUUUGUUUAGUUGUGCUCCAGAUAUUUUGUAUGAGUUGUAGUACCUAUAAUGGCUUUUGUUAGAACAGGAAAUGUAAUGGUGAACUGAAGCAGGUCAGCUACAAAGUAAAUAUUGACUUGUAUAAAAGUAAUGGUACAGAGAGAACAAGAUGCAACUUGGCAGAAACUAGUCGUUCUCUGCAGUAACUAAACUCUAUGCACAAUUUACAUCAUGUACACAUACCAUAUGCCAAAUAUAACACUGAAAGAUAUCUCUUAAAAGAAUAGUUCACCCAAAAAUUUGAAUUCUUUCAUUUAGUCACGCUUGUGACA